UGGGAAUGAUUCUCCUGGUAUUUGAGGCUCUCCUGUGUCCUCAUGUAGCCUCACCUUUUCCAAAAAAAAAACUGAGUAGAGCACCUCGGCAUUUGACUCUUGUUGAGCUUGAGGCUUAUCGACUUACACCACUUAAUAGUUACUGUAGCCAAAGCUACUAUCAUUAGAUAGACUUCUCUAGGCUACGCAAAAAAGAACAUGAAAGCAUCCUCUUCAAAGAGAGGGGCAUCGUCUUCUACUCGUGUCAAGCACAGUAGUCCCCGAUCACCGAGACGAUCUACUUCGCAGGGCUCAUCUCGCAGUACGGAUGAAAACACUACGUCAGAACAAGUGUCCCUCUACCGUGACGGCUGCAUAGCUGAUUUGGUGACUCUAGGAAAUGCAGCUUUUGGAAUGACUGCGAUUUUCUGCUGUAUUCACGCACUACAGAAGGAUGCGACGUCUAUUAAAUUGCAGUUUCCAGGUAUGAUGAAGACUGCUUCUGUUGCGCCUGCCGGAUUGUUGCGUGUGGCUUUUUGUUAAGGCUAACCGACAUCAGGCACCCUGAACGUGGUCAACGUCAUUCUUUUUCUUAUAUGAAUAUGUUCCAGGGCUCAGGGCUGAAGGCACCCUGGUACGCACUACCAGAUGAAAUCAAUAGUACACAAACGAUAUUAAACGCUCAGCCUUUCAAAGUGAACUGCUCUUGGGGCAGGGAGUUGUUUUCCUAGGGGAAAGCUAGGCUCUAAUAUUCGUGUUUACCACUAGGUGGCUUGUGUGAUAUCCUAGAUGGAUUAGUGGCCAGACGAAGUGGAGGGUCCGGACCAUCCCCUUUUGGCGGAGAUUUAGACUCGUUGGCGGAUUUGAUAACAUUCGGAGUGGCGCCAGCUGUUUUUAAGAACAAUAGUAUUCAUCUUGAAGAAGACUCAGACUCACGACACUCACUUGCAGCUGAAUUGACAUUGUGAAUAAUUGUUUCAGAAGUACUUAAGUUCUUGUAUAAUUUAAUAACAUGUACAUCUUCUAACCUCUUCGGGUUCGUCCUAGGUCUCGAUACCUUUCCAGACCUCCUCUGCCUCGUUUUCUUCGUUUGCUGUGGUGUCGCAAGAUUAGCCAGGUUUAACGUGACUAGCAGAAUGGCAAAGCCACGCACCGAUUCUUGUUCUUCCUACUAUUAAGCCUUGUUCAACAAACUUCAGAAGCAUCUUUGACCCCUUAUUUAGCAAGGGGAAAAAACUUGUCCUCAAACUCAAAGAGACUCCUGCUCGAGGAGAUGAGUCCUCGAAGAUGCUCCUGCUCGAGGAGAUGAGUCCUCAAAGAUGCUCCUGCUCGAGGAGAUGAAUAUGAUUUAUAAGGUCAGUCUAAUACUACUUCGAAGGGGUACCAAUUCCCGGUGCACUUUGGUUGUGCCUACUAUUGUACAUUGACUUUGAACUUUUGCCGAUCCUGACGGAACGCAACUUCCAUCAGCUACAUAGGACCACGGGAAGUUCGUUUGUGUCCACAGCAUCGAGACCUAUUCCAAGAAGAGACCCGAACACGUAUGACACAAUCGACCCGCGGGAUGUGGUAGUGCAUGACGCGGUUGAGGCGGCUGGAGGUAGCGUGGGCGUAGGUGGUGGUGCCAGUGUUAUGGGAGAGGGAAUGGAUUUCGAUUUGAGCUCUGUUGUAGAAACAUGAGAAAUAAGGGUUCUCUUCUUGUUUUCCCUUAGGAUCAAACUCAGGCUAUACCAAAGACCGGAACCAUUCACCUAUACAAUUGGUACAAGUAGCUCUAAUCUCCGCACGACUUCCAGCUCUGCAACCAGCCAGCAAUUUGGAGCCGCGAUAGCGGAACAACUGCAGUCAUUGCAGUACAGUGUGCUCGACCACUUGCUUCGCACUCAAGGCGCACCCGAAAGCGCUUUCGACCUCAUGUUGCUGAGAAACAAAACUUUAGUAUCGCCAGAACCGCAGCAGCUGCACUUCUUCUCCAUAUUGUACUUUCUCACGGGCCUGGCAAUGAUAAGCACGAUACCGGUUCCUAAGUUUCAACCAUGUCGGUUUUUUAUGUGGGCUUCUUGUGAUAGGAGGAACAAGCAGGUGGAGUCGAAGAGAAGUAGUAGACAAUUGUCAACAUCAAGAAGUAGGAGUGCUGGAAAGGCGGGGAAGGUGAAUAAGGUGAGAGAUUUCUAAUGUUUUCGCAAAUUGAGACCCCAUCCACCCUGCUAUCGCAAUAAAUGCCAACUACGCGGCAAUAAAUAGGAACGAACUACGCCUCAGGUGCGAACACCCCUGCACGUGUAGAGGAGGCUGAAGACUGAGCUACGUCGUGCCUUUAAUAUCAUAUCUUCUCUGUAGGUUCGAAUCGGU